CGUCUGCUUCCGUUCACAAGCGGAACCGCGGCUGUGUGGAACUUCAGUUGCACCGCGACCAGCUAUCUUGCGUGUUGUUUGAAGCGAGUGAACGUAACCAGCGGGUUAAUAAACGAUUAACGUUUAAACCCAUCAACUCUCCUUGUUGUCGUGAGGUUCGCUUCUCUGUGAAGAAGACUGCUCGGAGCUGAGAUGAAUCAAUUUGAACAUCUGAAAGAUGACGACCCAGAGGAUCAGGAUGAGACAGUCUGUAACCGGGAGGAAGACUGCUCCAUCAACAACAAUCGACGCAAGACAGUGAGUCCUGCAGUAGGGGAACAUCCUCUCCAGUAUAACUAUACCUUGUGGUAUUCUCGGAGGACUCCGUCUCGUCCCGCCAACACACAGAGUUAUGAACAGAACAUCAGACAGAUCGGCACGGUCGCAUCGGUGGAGCAGUUCUGGAAGUUCUACAGUCACCUGGUGCGACCGGGAGAUCUGACUGGCCACUCUGACUUCCACCUGUUUAAAGAGGGAAUCAAACCCAUGUGGGAGGAUGAAGCUAAUAAGAACGGAGGGAAGUGGAUCAUCAGGCUGCGGAAAGGUCUGGCCAGCAGGUUCUGGGAGAACAUUAUUCUGGCCAUGUUGGGAGAACAGUUCAUGGUGGGAGAGGAGAUCUGUGGGGUGGUGGUCUCUAUACGGUUCCAGGAGGACAUCCUGUCUAUAUGGAAUAAGACGGCCAGCGAUCAGGUGACGACAUCUAGAAUCCGAGACACUCUUCGACGCGUCCUGAACCUCCCACCUAACACCAUCAUGGAGUACAAGACACACAACGACAGCCUCAAGGAUAAUUCCAGCUUCCGCAACACAAAGAUCACCCUGUGAAGAGAUGGAGGAUGGAGAGAAAGCAAGAGGAGGAGGGAGAAGGAAGAGUGGAGAGAGACUGGAGUGGAGGGAGAGAGAGACUGGAGUGGAGGGAGAGAGGGGAGGGAGGGAGGGAGAGACUG